CAACACUGUUGUAUAUAAACAGAACACAGUCUGUUGUCGGCUUGUUUUUAAAAUUAGUUUUCGAUUUAAGUACUUUUAAAUGUGGAAUCAUGCGAGUGAUCGUGGUAGAAAUGUAAAAUGAAGCAUUUCAGAACUUAUAACAGUUUUGAUUUUUAUCUUUUCUUUAGUUGAUCUGUUGAAUUAACUUGUAAUGUCUUUAAUGAGAGGGUUAAGAAAUGUAUGCUUGUCUGCACAUCGGAGGUAUUGUUUGGAGGAAUUGUACAGAUUCCGUUUUUCAUCCUGUAACUUCAGUGUUUGUAACGUACAACGAAGAGGGAAGAAAGAUGAAAACAGUUUGUCAACUGUUUUUAUUCCUAUCCCUGUCAAACCUAACCCCGACGAUAUCAACGUGGGCCAAGAACUCACCGGAUCUGUGAAUAAAGCUGAUUUGUUGAAACUUCUAAACAAGUUUUAUCAGAAACGAGAAAUUAAAUUGUUAGCUCAAGAAAAUGGAUUGGAUAGUUAUCUCCUGCACCAAGCGUACGUCAGCUUCCGCCGGUACUGCCUGGAGGCCGAGGUGCUGCCGGUGGACCUCCACGUGGUGGUCAGCGACAUCCUGCAAGGGGCGGGGCACGUCGACGACAUCUUCCCCUACUUCCUGCGCCACGCCAAGCAGAUAUUCCCGCACCUCGAGUGCAUGGACGACCUGAAGAAGAUCAGCGACUUGAGGACGCCUGCCAACUGGUACCCCGCCGCUCGGGCCAUCACCAGGAAGAUAGUGUUCCACGCCGGGCCGACCAACAGCGGUAAGACGUACCACGCGCUGGAGAGGUUCCUGGCGGCCAAGUCCGGGGUGUACUGCGGGCCCCUGAAGCUGCUCGCCUCGGAGGUCUUCAACAAAGCCAACGACAGGGGAACACCAUGUGACCUGGUGACAGGAGAGGAGAGGCGGUUUGCCAGCAAGGAUGGCACUCCAGCGAAUCAUGUGUCUUGUACGGUUGAGAUGACAUCAGUGAAUGUUCCUUAUGAAGUGGCGGUGAUCGACGAGAUACAGAUGAUGCGGGACGCCGGCCGGGGCUGGGCCUGGACCAGAGCCCUCCUCGGGGUCGUCGCGGAGGAGAUCCACCUCUGCGGGGAGGAGGGGGCGGUCGACCUCGUGCAUUCCCUCAUGACCACCACUGGCGAGGACGUCGAGGUGCGCCGGUACCGCCGCCUGACGGAACUGGCGGUGGAGGACCGGGCCCUGGGCUCCCUGGACGCAGUGCGGCCCGGCGACUGCAUCGUCUGCUUCAGCAAGAACGACAUUUACAGCGUGUCGCGCGGCGUCGAGGCGCGCGGGCAGGAGGUAGCCGUGAUCUACGGCGGCCUGCCGCCGGGCACCAAGCUGGCUCAGGCGCACAAGUUCAACGACCCCACCAACCCGUGCAAAGUGAUGGUGGCCACCGACGCCAUCGGCAUGGGCCUCAACCUGAGCAUAAGGCGAGUGGUGUUCCACUCGCUCAUCAAGCCGGUGGUCAAUGAAAAGGGGGAGAAGGAGAUGGACACGAUAUCUGUCUCACAAGCACUUCAGAUAGCCGGGCGCGCCGGCAGAUAUGGCACCCAGUUUGACAAGGGCUUUGUGACGACCUUCAAGUCGGAGGACCUGCCCACUCUACGCCAUCUGCUCUCGCAGGUUCCGGAAGUGAUCACGAAAGCCGGUCUCCACCCCACCGCGGACCAGAUCGAGCUGUAUGCGUAUCACCUUCCCAACUCCACCCUAUCUAACCUCAUGGACAUAUUCGUGAGCUUGUCGACGGUGGACGACUCGCUGUACUUCAUGUGCAACGUGGAAGACUUCAAGUUCCUGGCCGACAUGAUCCAGCAUGUGCAGCUGCCCCUGAGGGCGCGCUACGUGUUCUGCUGCGCGCCCAUCAACAGGAAGAUGCCCUUCGUCUGCACUAUGUUCCUCAAGUUUGCACGUCAGUAUAGCAGGAACCAGGCGCUGACGUUUGACUGGCUGUGUCGCAGCAUCGGCUGGCCUUUCACCUCUCCCAAGACCAUCAUAGAUCUCGUCCACCUGGAGGCUGUUUUUGAUGUUUUGGACCUUUACCUCUGGCUUAGCUACAGGUUCAUGGACCUGUUCCUGGACGCCGCGCUGGUGCGGGACAUGCAGCGCGAGCUGGACGCAAUCAUCCAGGAGGGGGUGUUCCAGCUGACAAGGCUGCUGCGCAACUCCGAGACGGGCGCGAGCUCCGGCGCGGUCGCCGCCGACGACGACGACCGCUUCACGUUGCAGCACCGGCGACAGGCCUACCUGCGAGACGAGAAGUCCGAUAUCAGAGGGCCUGUGGGCAGAGGGAAGCUGACGGAGAGAUUGCUUGCUCAAGGGUUGCUGACCCCCAACAUGCUGCAGGAACUUCGCAAGGAGUGGAAGCAGAGUGAUGCUGACGACAGUACAGAGGAUUUUACGUCGAAACCAACUACAAAAGAUAGAAAAAAAAGGAGAAAGUAAUAUUUCCAUGUUUUUAAUACUAUAAAUAAAAUGUUUUGUUUCUA